UGUCAGCGAGAUGAAGACAGCCCUGCUGCUCCUGUUCCUGCUGGCCGCGGCCACCCGCCCAGCCCUGGCUCUGAAGUGUCACGUGUGCUCCAGUGCCUCCGACUGUGAGAAGGCUCAGGCCUGCCCGCCCUCCUCGAGCCACUGCAGGACCCAAUACAAGGUGGACCUUCUGAGAGGGAACCUGGUGGAGAAGGACUGCGUGGAGUCCUGCACGCCGGACACCUACCAGCCCGGCCAGGUCAGCAGCGGCUCCUCCAGGACCCUGUGCUGCCAGUCAGAUCUGUGCAACUCCCGGGGGCUGCCCGGCCGUGUGCCCAGCCGUGCGCCCGCCCGCGCCCUGCUCUCCGGCAGCGCCCUGUCCCUGGCGCUGGCCCUGGGCCUCCUCGCCCUCCUCUGGGCGCCCCGCCUGUGAGCCCGGGGGAGGUCCUUUCCCGGGACUUCCACGGCCCUCCCCAGCCGAGAUGGGGGCCGGGGGACCCUGGGCUGGCGGCUUCCUGGGGAGGUCUGGGCCAGAUCCUGCGGGCUCGGAGAGCCGGAGAACCCCCCCCCCCCAUCUCUCCCAGGAGGGGAGAACACAGUUCCCUGGGCAGAGGGAGGGUGGGGACAGGUAUUCUGACCCCCCUCUGGUCUUGUAUCCAUUCUGUUUGGUUUCCCGUAUUUUUUUUUACUCAAAACUGCAGAGGAAUAAAUG